GCGUUGGCUCCUCUGUUCACUACCACGACUGUGUCGCUGUUGUCAGUGAGGGUAGUGAGUGUGUCUGAAGUUUUGAACUUUGAUUAUUAUUGGAGUCGACACCCUCCCUCUUUUACUUUGCUCCUUUGAUUACGAUCUCAUCCUCUCUUCUCUUUUUCUCCCGACAGUCACUUCCAACCCUCUCUUCCCGAAUACCUCUCUCUCUGUUUUGCUCUGUAUUUCACUCCGAAAUGGCCGAUGAAACUCCAAACCCUCCUCCCCACUGGCCCCAGCUACCUCCGACCGGCCUGCUGAUAUAGAUCACUCACCAGCACCCGUGUCAGUGGUUGUGACGGAGUCUGAGUCUCUUCCUGUCACUGAGAGUGAAUGUGAACAGCCAACCACACUCCCAGUGGCCGAGUCUGGCUCCCUGGUCGUGGUGGAUGAGAAAGAAGACCUUCCGCCGCGGCCGCCAUCUGUCGCUGUACUUGUCGAGGUGCAAAAUUCGGCUACCCAAGAAGGGGUUGGUGUGGUUGAGGCUGAAAAACCGAAGCCGACUGAGGACAAAAAGAUUCCUCAGUCUCUGGUUUCUUUUAAGGAGGAGAGCAACGUCGUGGCCGAUCUCUCAGAUUCUGAGCGAAAGUCUCUGCAAGAACUUAGGCAGCUCGUCCAAGAAGCUCUCGACGGCAACCGAUUCACUUUCUCACCACCACCACCACCUAAAGACGCAGAGAAACAGGGUUCGGCUCAAGAAGCACCAGUAAAGCUAGAAAAUGCAUCAGCCGUACCGUCCGAACCCACUCCGAGAAUCGAAGAAAACCCGGAAAAGGAAGCCCAAGAAGUAGCGAAAGAAGCAGAGCAAUUGUCCAUUUGGGGGGUUCCUCUUCUUAAAGAUGACAGGACCGAUGUGAUUCUACUUAAGUUUUUACGAGCCAGGGAUUUCAAAGUGAAAGAUGCAUUUGUCAUGAUCAGGAACACCAUCAAAUGGAGGAAGGAAUUCGGGAUUGAUGCGCUUGUCGACGAGGAUCUCGGGGACGAGUGGGAAAAGGUGGUCUUUAUGCAUGGAUAUGACAGAGAGGGGCAUCCAGUGUGUUACAAUGUAUAUGGGGAGUUUCAGAAUAAAGAGGUGUAUGCAAAAGCGUUCUCGGAUGAGGAAAAGAGAGCCAAGUUCUUGAGGUGGAGGAUACAGUUCUUGGAGAGGAGUAUAAGGAAGCUGGAUUUUAGUCCUGGUGGUGUUUGCACCAUCUUUCAGGUCAAUGACCUCAAAAACUCUCCGGGACCCGCAAAGCGCGAUCUUAGGCUGGCCACCAAACAGGCUCUUCAGGUGCUUCAGGACAAUUAUCCCGAAUUUGUAGCCAAACAGGUGUUUAUCAAUGUUCCUUGGUGGUAUCUUGCAUUCUAUACGAUGAUCAGUCCGUUCUUGACCCAGAGGACCAAGAGCAAGUUUGUUUUUGCAGGGCCAUCGAAGACUGCUGAAACCCUUUUCAAGUACAUAUCUCCUGAGCAAGUGCCCGUUCAAUAUGGUGGCUUGAGUGUCGAUUAUUGUGAUUGCAACCCAGAUUUCAGCACUUCUGAUCCAGUUGCAGAGGUUACUGUAAAACCAGCAACUAAGCAAACGGUGGAAAUCAUAAUUUAUGAGAAAUGCAGCAUUGUUUGGGAGCUUCGAGUAGUGGGGUGGGAGGUGAGCUAUGGGGCUGAAUUUGUGCCUACAGCCGAAGAUAGAUAUACUGUUAUCAUACAGAAAGCCACGAAGAAGGCCUCAAGUGAUGAACCAGUGGUGAGCAACAGCUUUAAAGUUGGUGAACUAGGCAAAAUACUGCUCACUGUGGAUAACCCAACCUCAAAAAAGAAGCAGCUUCUUUACAGGUUCAAGAUCAAGUCCUUCAUAGACUGAGGAUUUCAAAUCAGCUCAAAGCAGUCGAAACUUUGUCUUGCUGCCUAGGGAUGGGAUUAAGAUUGUCAUUAUUUCAAUAUCCUGAUGCCGAUUGAACAUUUGUGCUUGAUCACUGUGCCCGCAGACUGGUGUGUUUACUGGAGGCUUGGAAAUUUAGUAUUUGGAGUUGGAUAUACAAUAAUUUCACCUAUA